AUGGAACAAGACCACCCGUUGUCCUGGCCGGACGUCGCAGGCCCCGGUGACGAUGAAUUCUCCAAUUUCCUCGAGUUUGGAAUGCACUUCCCCGACCUGGAAGGGCAGGGCUCCACCGAUCCUCAUUCCCAGCGCUCGAUCGCCCAUCCUAUCUCCAUGCCUGCCUCCACCGCUCCGUCCGCCCAGGAACAGCUCGUUCGAAUGGACACCGACCCCAUCGCUACUCAGCCGUCGUCAUACAAUCGCGCCAUGGGGGAUUAUGCCGUGGGAAAUCAAGGGCAGCCGCAGCUUGCCAUCUCCUCGUCCUACUCUUCCCCCUUAACCCCAGCGUUCAUCGCCCAGAAGCCUGCGUUCUUCCAGCAUUCUCAAUCGCAACAACCUGCACAGAACCAGCCGCAUCGUCACUCGCACUGUCCUCCCGUGACGCAGCCAUACAUCCCUCAUGGCCAACAGGUGAUCCCGCCAACUCCUAACAGCAUUGAGCUUCAGGGCAACGCGGCCACGUACCCUCAGCGCAUAGAAGAAAAUCAGGAGAUGUAUGAUCGGUAUGCUCGUAUGAACGAGGAACAGGCUCUCUACACCCCCCUUGUUUCGCCCGCCAUGACUCCGCUAGAAACUCAGUUUCGGCUUCCGGAGUACACUAUCCCUGGGGAGUACUUCACUCCGCUCACCUCGCCAGCCCUUGAAGCCCAAAAUGCGAACUCGAACGGCUACCCCUUCCCGGCCGCCGCCCAGUUGUCCGACAUGGGAUUCAUGCCGUCGCCGGCCGACAACGCUGUUCCCGCCUCGUCUGCCCCGUCAUCUCCGGGUUUGACACGCAAACAUCGUCGCGGAACUUCGACGACCAAGACAUUCUCUGCCCGUGCGAAGAAGCAGCAGUCUCCCUCCGUGCGACCUCAAACGCGAAAGAAGUCCCUGUUGAACAUCAAUUCCGAUGAGGUUCUGAACGGCCUUUCUCAGGAUCAUGGAGACCCGAAGAAUCGGCCUUUAGGUGGCAGCAGCCUUCGAUUCGGAAGCAACGAGAGUUCUGGACAAGAUUCUGUCUCCCCGGAGCCCCUCUCUGAACCCUUGAUGCCUCCGCCGGCCCUCCCUCCGGCUCGAAGGUCCCCUGCGGUCGGUCCGCAGUCGGAGACCAGCGAACCGGCUACUCCAGCCAUGUUGAUGCGCAUUUACCGGUCCCAACCAAGCCCCAAUGUAGCCCCUCAACCCCCAAGCCAGAUCCAAGGCGGGCUGUCCGAGUCGCACGAUGAUAUCAUGGAGGAUGUUGUUCUCCCCGAAGCUACGACCCCCGCGGCGCAUCUUUCUCGUCCUCGGGUCAACCGCAUUGACACUUCCAUCCGUACAGAGCCAGCUUCACCGGCUCUUGAGAUUAAACCGGCCUCGAACGCGGAACGAAGCGCCGGCUCCGUCGCCCCCAGUCCGCGCACCAUCGCCAUGCCUUCUCCCAGCGGACCAGUAGCCAAGAAAUCGGACACGCCCAAGUUGGGUCCCUCGAGUCGGAAACGACCGAGCCUCAGCUCCACACACGCCAGUCCCAACUUGCGCCCCAAGAUCAGUCCCAGCAUCCAGCCUCUAGUCCGUGGAGACGGGACCUCGGGCGAGACGUCUGCGCUGUAUCUAGCAUCCAAGUCCAACUACCAGCAUAUCCUGGAUGGCACUCUUCUUCCCGGGGUCUCGUACCCCGAGACCUUGACUGAGAAUCUGAGUUCCAAGCGAACUAAUCACAAACUUGCAGAGCAGGGCCGCCGAAAUCGCAUCAAUAACGCGCUUAAAGAAAUAGAAACUCUCAUUCCCGCGGAGUUCUUCCACAUGAAAAAUGCCAAGGAAGAAGCCCUAUGCAAUGCGAAAGGGGUGGAUAAAGAAAAGGAGAAGGCUGGGAACCAACAGGUCAGCAAAGCCAGUACGGUGGAAAUGGCCAUCGAUUAUAUUAAAGCCCUCAAGCAAGAGCUUGAGGAGACGAAAGGGAAGCUGACCGCGGCUGAGACCCGGCUCGAGACCUCCAAGGCCACGGUCGAUGGAGUGGUCGGUUCCGAGAGUGAGUCAUUAAGCAAGUCCACCCAGGGGAAAACAGACACCGAGGGUGUGAAAUAG